AGGGCGAGGGAGCGCGGCGCGGCGCGGCCGCCGCGUGCGCGAGCCGGGUUGCAGCCCAGCAGGGACUUUCCAGCCGGCGGCGGCGGCCGCCGGCCCUUCCCCGCCCCCCGACAUGGGGCUGCCCGGGGAGCAGGACGCUGCGGACCGCGGCGGAGGACGCGCCCGGCGCCCCUGAGCCGGCCGAGCGGCGCGGACGCGGGUAAGGGACUCCACUACAUUAUCUGAAGAAGGAUAAGGUUGACGCUGCUUUGCUUUUUCUUUAUUGAAAUCUGUUCCCGCCUGAUCAAGCUUAGAUACAUCUUCUUACAGCAUAUGACACACAGGAUGGAGCCGAGUAAAAAGCUGGACGCAGCCGGCACCCUGCCAGCCAACCCCCCACUGAAGCUGCACCCCGACCGCAGCGCCGGGCCUGCCGUCCUGGUCCCCGAGCAGGGGGGCUACAAGGAGCGCUUCGUGAAGGCCGUGGAGGACAAGUACAAGUGCGAGAAGUGCCGCCUGGUGCUCUGCAACCCCAAGCAGACCGAGUGCGGACACCGCUUCUGCGAGACCUGCAUGGGCGCCCUGCUCAGCUCCUCCAGCCCAAAAUGCACGGCGUGUCGAGAAGGCAUCAGCAAAGACAAGGUGUUUAAGGAUAAUUGCUGCAAGAGAGAGAUUCUGGCCCUUCAGAUAUACUGUAGGAACGAAGGCAGAGGCUGUGUAGAGCAGUUAGCACUGGGGCACCUGCUGGUGCAUUUGAAGAAUGAUUGCCAGUUUGAGGAACUUUUGUGUGUCCGUGCCGACUGCAAAGAGAAAGUACUGAGGAAGGACCUGCGUGACCACGUGGACAAGGCCUGUAAAUACCGUGAGGCCACGUGCAGCCACUGCAAAAGCCAGGUCCCGAUGAUCACGUUGCAGAAACACGAAGACACCGAGUGUCCCUGCGUGGUGGUGUCCUGCCCUCAUAAGUGCAGUGUCCAGACCCUUCUGAGGAGCGAGUUGAGUGCACACUUGUCAGAGUGUGUCAAUGCCCCCAGCACCUGUAGUUUUAAGCGCUAUGGCUGCGUUUUUCAGGGGACAAACCAGCAGAUUAAGGCCCACGAGGCCAGCUCCGCGGUGCAGCAUGUCAACUUACUCAAAGAAUGGAGCAACUCUCUAGAGAAAAAGGUUUCCUUGCUGCAGAAUGAAAGUGUAGAAAAAAACAAGAGCAUACAGAGUUUGCACAACCAGAUAUGUAGCUUUGAAAUUGAAAUUGAGAGACAAAAGGAAAUGCUUCGAAAUAAUGAAUCCAAAAUACUUCAUUUACAGCGAGUAAUAGACAGCCAAGCAGAGAAACUGAAGGAGCUCGACAAAGAGAUCCGCCCCUUCCGGCAGAGCUGGGAGGAAGCCGGCAGCAUGAAGAGCAGCGUGGAGUCCCUCCAGAACCGGGUGACCGAGCUGGAGAGCGUGGACAAGAGCGCGGGGCAGGCCGCUCGGAACACAGGCCUGCUGGAGUCCCAGCUGAGCCGGCACGACCAGAUGCUGAGCGUCCACGACAUCCGCCUGGCCGACAUGGACCUGCGGUUCCAGGUCCUGGAGACCGCCAGCUACAACGGCGUGCUGAUCUGGAAGAUCCGGGAUUACAAGCGGCGGAAGCAGGAGGCCGUCAUGGGGAAGACCCUGUCCCUCUACAGCCAGCCCUUCUACACCGGCUAUUUCGGCUACAAGAUGUGCGCCAGGGUCUACCUGAACGGGGAUGGCAUGGGCAAGGGGACGCACCUGUCGCUCUUUUUUGUCAUCAUGCGCGGAGAAUACGACGCUCUGCUUCCCUGGCCCUUCAAGCAGAAGGUGACGCUCAUGCUGAUGGACCAGGGGUCCUCCCGGCGACACUUGGGGGACGCUUUCAAGCCGGACCCCAACAGCAGCAGCUUCAAGAAGCCCACCGGUGAGAUGAACAUCGCUUCCGGCUGCCCAGUCUUCGUGGCCCAGACUGUGCUGGAAAACGGGACGUACAUUAAAGAUGACACCAUUUUUAUCAAAGUCAUAGUGGACACUUCGGACCUGCCAGACCCCUGACGAGUCUCUGGGGAGGCGGGUCGAGCAGAAGGCAGCCCCUCGGGGGUUUGAAGCGGCCUCGCCCCCACCGAGGCCCUCACGCCCGGAAGGGCUGCGGAGCGGAGGAAGCGGCGGAGGGCGGCCGCGGGCCGGCGGGAGGGCCACGCGCCAGGACACACGCCCCGCGUUUUCUAGUAGACUAGCGCCGCUUCACUCAGAAGAAUUAUUUAUCCUUCGACGAGAGAAAUACUGCUGUCAGAGAAGGUUUUCGUUUUCAUUUUUAAAGAUCUAGUUAAUUAAGGUGGAAAACAUAUGUGCUAAAGAAAAGAACCAUGAUUUUUCUUCCUUAAACACCGAAAAGAGAACACAGACACACACACACACACACACACACGCACGCACACACACACACACGCACGCACACCCAUGCACACACCUGGGGAUAGCUGGACAUGUCAGCAUGUUAAGUAAAAGGAGAAUUCAUGAAAUCAUAAUGCAGUUCUGCUAUAUUCAUUCUAAGAUUCAAGAGUGCAGUCCUGUUUCAAACGUAGCCCGUUGUCUGUUUUAAGGCCUCAUCCGGUCUCUGCCUCAAUACUCUGUCAGAAGACCCUGAAGUGCACCUAGGUCUUUUUUGAAAGUCUCUAAAUUCAGAAUCGUUUUUUAAUUUAAAGUUCUAAGAUAAUUGUUACUGCAAACAUUUCAUUUUAAAACGUUGAUGGACUGAUAUUUCUUGGAAGAAAAUGUAAAAUAUCAAACACUGGUUAUCACUUGUGAUAGGAAAGAGAAUAUUCAAUCUGUUGUUAUUUCUCGUUAGAAAUGUAAACCUUCAAUACCUGUCGUAGUUAAUGACACUACUUCAAAAUUACUGUGAGAGGAAAAUUGCUCAUGGAUGCUGUGCAUCAUUUCAGAUUUACAGUUGUUUUCACCCUAAAAUAGGGCAUCAGUUGAACUUUGGAGUUCUAAACAAAAUCCUGUAGGUUUUUAAAAUUCUGCCCCACGUGUUCAGACAAGCUCUCUAUUGCUGACAGCACCGACCUUCCGUGUCCAGUGUCCGGGGGUGGGCAGGUGACUUGUGCUUGAAGGAGGCCACAGCAGAUGUGUUUCUUCAUCCUGUCAUAUUGCUGCAUUUGUUAACAACGUUUGCGUAGAGAUGGUGGCAUACUGUACAUGUGCCUUAGAUGUGACAUGCUGCUUCUCGACCCCAGCUUUGUGUUCACUAUAAUUCCAGAAGGUGAUGGUUCAGCCAAACUUUUCUCUUGAUCACUAGACCUUUUGCCUCUUCGAGGGCCCUCAGACAGCCCUGUGCCUGCUGAGGAAGCCGGGCCCCCUCGUCGGCUUCUGGAGCCUCCACUGCUUCAUUAUCACAGGUUCCAAAUCUCUAGGCCCCAAAAGCGAGCCGCCCAGUCCACACGCAGGCAGGGACAGGGCAGGAGCCGCGCCUCUGCGUCCCCGGGCUGCGGGCACUCACACCACCCGCCGCGGGGCCCUCUGAGCAUUCCAGAGACUGCUACCCGGGGGCCGCCCAGGCUGAUCCACAGGCGUCCCGCGGCCCGCCCGUCUCGGGAAGGGUGGCCCGGGGGUCUGUGGUCCCAGCCUGUGCCUGUCCAGGCGGCAUUCCUCACCCCCGUUUACCUUCUCUCAAUGGUCCAACUGUGACAGAGCGGGGCCCUGCUCCUGUGCCCCCUGCUAUGCACCACGCUCCAUGGGUGCUCUUACCACUGAUGGGUGCUACACGUGACGGGUGCUUCUUAGGCAAAACCAAUGUGUGUGAACCGCCGCAUCUGUGCCACUCAUCCAAAAGACGCGCCCACGAUUGGCCAGCUGGGCCGCGCACCUCAGACUGCCUGCCUCCGGGCUCCCCGUGGCCACGCGGGGACGGCGGGGUGGUGCCCGGCGGCCCCCGUGUCUCUGGUGCUGCCCUCCGCCCUGGGUGUGCCUUUGCCCCAGUGCCUGCUGGAAGCACCUCCUGGCCACCACCGUCCCAGGCUUCCAUAAGUGACCUCAUGGGUUCCAAGCACCUGCCCUGCCCUUCGGCAGUUAAACGCUCGGUUGUCUGCGUCUCUUUUUCUUUCCCAUCCCGACCCCAGAAUUGCUUUGAGGGCGAAUCAGUGUCAUCGGUUCUGCCCAGUAAGGAGUCGUGUGUCCCCGCUCACAGAGGAGGGCCCUCCUGCCGGUGCUGUGGGACCACUGUUCCCUCCAAGUGCCCAGACCUCCUCCAGGCCUGGGCCCGGCUCUGCCCUGGAGACCCGGGGGAGGGAGGCUGCCCGGCAGGCCCCACCGGCCUCAGAUGGCUCUCCCGAGGCCAGGGGUUACCAACAGGAACGUCCUCCCCCUUCACGAGAAGUGUGGGCGAUGUUAACAAAUUCAGGGUAAGCAACGUCUCAGUCUGGUAAAAAAAAAUUCCUUCCCUCCCCUGGGUUGGAAUCCUGUGGGGGGCGGGCCGCUGGCGGCGCCCCAGAAGCAUCCGUCCCUUGGCGGGGGUACUUUUCCAGCAGCUCCUCCUGGUGGGAGACGCCAGGCCCCUGGCCGCCACCCAGGAGCCCAAGGGACCCAGCUUCACUGUCCCCCCGCGGGAGGCAGGGACGCGGCGGGAGCUUCAGGCCGUGGCUCGGUGACGGUUGGUGGUAGCGGGUCGCACGCCUCCCUGGUGCCCGCGGGCCCUCCCGCCACCAGGGCCGCAGCGACAAGCGACGGGUGUCGGACACAGCGCGUGUGUGCACUUUU